AUGCCGUCCUUCAAGAGCACCUUCCUGGCCGUGGCCGCUGCUUUCGUCGCUACCGCGACUGCUCAGGACUACUGGGUCGAGCCUGACUCCAUCCAGAAGCCCAUCCGACUUUCGUGGUGCCGUGACCAGAGGAGCUCGUGCCCUAUGAUCUGCUCCCAGACGUCCGAGGGUGACCCUCUCGUCAACGACUGCAAUGCUGACGCCCUGCAAUACGGCUGCAUCUGCAGUGACGGACAAAAGCCCAACAUGACCGAGUACUCCCUAACGCUGCCCUACCACGUCUGCACGGCUUGGGGCCAGCAGUGCGUCGCUGACUGCGGCAACGGCAACAACGCAUGCGCCAGCUCGUGCCGUGAAGACCACCCAUGCGGUGCCACCGACCCCAGCCGCGUCAACGCUACGGAGUCCUCGGCUUCCCCCACGGCCUCCGCUACUGCGAGCCAGACAUCCUCAGGCAGCACCAUCUUCACCGGCCUCGCCGGCAACGACGACAACGACGACAGCGAUGAUAGCAGCAGCAGCAACUCGAACAACAACAACAACAACGACAGCGCCGCCUCUGCCCUCAGCCGGGGUCUUGGCCUGACGGUCGUCAUUGGUGGCCUCGUUGGCGGGUUCGCCGUCCUGCUGUAA